GCCGUCUAGAGCCUUCCAGAGAAAGGCGCAAAGCGAGAACACGCCCGCCUCGGAGGACUCUGCGGGGAAACCGCCGCUCUCUGCAAACAGCCUGGCGUCCGCACUGCAAUAUGACGUCACAGAGGCCGAGCCUAGGGCCAGUUUCAGGAUCUCCGGGACCACGCCCGUUGGCCCUCCUCGGCCGCCAUCUCGGUGCUUCUGAGGGUCUGUCAGUAGCUGAAGAGGGCCUCGGGGGCCGUAGACACGGAGGGAAAGUGUUUGAAGUGGUACGGUGAUCUGUGUCCAGCGGUGAAGAUCGAGGCUAUCGCCAGGCACGGACCUUUGAUGCAGCUCUGAUCUGUUAAGUAUGAGGAAAUGUCUGCCAAGGAGUUUCUGGGAAAUGGUUGAGUCCUUGAUCACCAAUCCUAGAGAUCUCAGGCUGGCACUGCAGGGAGACUAGACUGAAGGGCCAAGAUGAGACAAAGCAUUGUCCGGAUUAGACAUGAGGCUGGCAGGCCCAGAGCAGACAGAAGACAGUAUACCCUGCAGUUGGCUAGUCCUUUCUUCAGAACAGAACAUGACCAAGGACUGGGUACCGUUAACAUUCGAGGAUGUGACUGUGGGCUUCUCCUGGGAGGAGUGGCAGUUACUAGCUCCAUCUCAGAAGGACCUGUACCGGGAUGUGAUGCUUGAGAACUAUAGGAACCUGGUGUCAGUGGGUUAUCAAGCCAGCAAACCAGUUUCACUCUUCCAGUUGUUGCAAGGAGAGCCACCAUGGACGGUAGAGGGAGCAGCUCGGAGUCAAAGCUGUCCGGAAGAAAUAUGGGAGAUUGACCAUAUGCACUGGCACCCAGAAAACCAAAAUGAGAGUAAAACCUUGGAAAGAGAUCAGCAAAGUUAUGCACUUGGAAAUAAUUCUGAUUUAUGUGAAAGUCUUGUUCCUUUAACACAAAGACACAAUAAGUUUGGCUCACAUUGUAAAAGUUUGAAACCACAUUUGGGUUUUGUUAUUCAGAAUAGAAGAUAUGCAGGAGAGGACUCUGAUGAGUUUAGUGGAUGUGGGAAAUCAUCAGUCUACAUCCAGCAGGAUACAACUCUUAGUGGACUUAAAUGCCAUGGAUGGGUGAAACCCAGUGGCAUUAGAUCACAGUUCAAUGAACAUCAAAAAACUUAUACAGAAGAGAAAGCACAUGAAUGCAGUAAGUGUGGGAAAGCCUUCUCCAAGAAGGCACAGCUCAUUAGGCAUCAGAGAACUGAAAGAGGAAAGAAGCCACACGGAUGCAAUGAAUGUGGGAAAACAUUCAUGAGGAAGAUUCAGCUCACUGAACACCAGAGGACUCAUACUGGAGAGAAACCCCACGAAUGUAGUGAAUGUGGAAAAGCCUUCUCUAGAAAGUUGCAGCUCAUGGUACAUCAGAGAACUCAUACAGGAGAGAAACCCUACGCGUGCAUUGAAUGUGGCAAAGCCUUCAGCCGGAAGUGCCGGCUCAGUAGACAUCAGCGAUCUCACACUGGAGAGAAACUCUACGGAUGCAGUGUGUAUGGGAAAGCCUUCUCCCAGAAGGCAUACCUCAUUGCACAUCAGAGACUUCACACGGGGGAGAAGCCUUAUAAAUGCAGUGAAUGUGGAAGAACUUUCUUUUUCAAGUCGGACCUGACCAAGCAUCGGAGAAUUCACACAGGAGAGAAACCUUACGGAUGCAGUGAGUGUGAAAAAGCCUUCAGGAGCAAGUCAAAGCUCAUUCAGCAUCAGCGAACUCAUACUGGAGAGAGACCGUAUGAGUGCAGCGAAUGUGACAAAGCCUUUGCCCACGUGUCGGUCCUCAUUAAACAUAAGAAAACUCACACAAGAGAGAAAGCUAUAAAUUCACUGAAGGUGAAGAAACCUUCCUUAGGGAGUCCUAGCUCUUUGUACAUGAGUGAACUUGCACAGGAGCAAAGCAACAUGAACACAGUGCCUGUGGAAAUACCUUCUUUGGGAACUCAGCCCUCGUUAAACCUCCCUGCUAGAAUUUGCCUGAAUUUGUGGUUUGCAGACCUCUUCUACCUUCAAAGCCAGCAGUGGCUGGUCAACUCUUCCAUCACUCUGACACUGACUCUUGCCUCCCUCUCCUACAUGUAAGGACCUGUGUGACUACACUGGGCCCACCCAGGUAAUCUAGGAUAACCUCCCUGUCUUAAAAUCAGCUAAUUAGCAACUGUAACUCCACCUACUACCUUGAUUCCCCUUGCCUUAUACUGUGACAUACUCACAAGUCCUGGAGGUUAGGAUGUAGACAUCUUUGGGGGCCAUUAUUCUGCCUCCUUCAGACCACCCUCUGGCACCCACUUAUUUGUAUCCAUACCACAUGAAAAAUACAUUCAGUCUGUCUCAGCACCUCCAGAUGUCUCAACCUAUUACAAUACGAACUCAAAGUCUAAAAUUCCAUCUAAAUCUUGAGUUUAAACACUCUAAAUCAAGAAUUGGUUGAGGCUCGGGGCGCCUGGGUGGCUCAGUGGGUUAAGCCGCUGCCUUCGGCUCAGAUCAUGAUCUCAGGGUCCUGGGAUCGAGUCCCGCAUCGGGCUCUCUGCUCACCAGGGAGCCUGCUUCCCUCUCUCUCUCUCUGCCUGCCUCUCCGACUACUUGUGAUUUCUCUCUGUCAAAUAAAUAAAUAAAAUCUUUAAAAAAAAAAAAAAAAGAAUUGGUUGAGGCUCUGGAUAUGAUUUGUCCUGAGGCACAGUUCCUCUCUAUGAGCCUGUGAAAUUCUAGAAACGAUUCACAUGACCCUAAAAUACCUAAUUACAUCUUUUACUUUAAAUGCCUUUUGCCACAUAAUGUAACAUAGUUACAGGGUCUGGAGAUUAGGACAUGAACAUCUUUGGGAGUCCAUUCUGCCUACCACAAAAACAUUAGAUGUCAGAGUAUUCAUACUACAGGAUUCCUACCUAGCCAUUAAAUAAAUCUAGAGAAGCGUGUUCACAGAGAAGUAAUUAUCUUUGAUAAUUACAGUCCAAAUACAGUAACUUUUUUUCUAUAAUCAGGGACUCUUAAACCUGUGUCAUUAGAUGUGACAGCAAGAAUACUAUUAAGAUACAUAAAUGAUCAGUGCUGGAAAAGAAUUCAUAAAUGCUCUAAAGGAAUGUGAAAUUUAUGUGCUGCAAAUGCUGUCAAACGUAUUUGUAUGUAUUCUGAAAUCGUAUAAAUCAACAUCCUAUUCUGACUGUAGAAUGCAUAUUCCAUAAUGCACCUAAGUAACAGAAUUCUUCACAGCCAAUUCCAACAACCUUUUUUGUUUAACAGGAAAUGUUUAAUUUUAUUCACUCAGUAAGUAACAAAAAGGGAAUAGGCAAAAUAUAUGAAUGGCCUGUCUUCAGACAUAGAGUAAUAGGAAGAUCAGCACAGCUAACUUGAAAGAAAGGAAAAAAAUGAAGGGAGUCUUAUGACUACCCCAGCCUGGACAGAGUUUCCAUUCUGUAGCAUAGGGAGGGGGAAUCUCAUCAGAUCUUGGCAGUCUCUCCAAAUCGAGGCAGAGUUUAGAGUUUGGAGAAUUCAAGGUGACUCAAAUUUAUGGUGCAGGUUAAAGGAGAGGAGAGGGCUGCACCCAAGGCGAACCCAUUUCUCCACAUGAUUUGAAGUUGUAAUCAGCACAUAUGUGUGAGGAAACUCCCUGGGCUGGAGGAAGAACCACUGGAACGAUCAGGCAGAACUAUCCUUGGAACUUGCACAGGUUGGGAGUAAUUUGUUUCCACCAGUUGGGAUGGAAACCCCUCCCAAUAUUUGGAAAGUCACAGCGGAACUUAGAAAAAUAGUGCCUCAGUGGGUCACUCAGAUUGGCUCUAGAGUAAUGGCUGCUCUGAGCUCUCCAGACAAAGGAUAGAUACAAGCUGCUACAAAACCAAACGGUUUCCAAGCAGUUUAACUGUUUCCCAGACCUACACCCAGUAGUAUUUAAAGAAGAGAAAAGCAGUCCAUCAACUGAGAAAACCAACAAUGUGGAAAUCAGUGUCUGGCAUCUAGUCAAAACUUACCCAGGUAUGCAAAAAAACAAAAAACAAA